CUUUUCUCUACAUUAGCAUUCGCCCCAGCUCGUCCGACAGUCCUGGUCACAUCGACGCGCGCUUGCACCCAUCACGACGGCCCUUGUUCUACUCGGCCCCCUGGCGCUGAGACUGCGCGUGAUUUUUAACCCCCCUUCUCAAAAUAUACGAAACAGCGAGGGCAGGCAGGCAGACGACUACCGACUAGGAUACCAACGACGACUACGCGUUUGUUGCAACACUUGUCCCGAUCGGGUGGUUUUGUUGUGAAACGCGUCAAAACGGGGAAACCACCAGCACGAGGCCAAACACUCGUCAGCUGCCUUGUUGCUCUUGCCUCGGGAGGACCUCUUGGCCCUCGCUGCCCUCGCUCUGCAUCCCCCCGUGCUCUCCUGCCCGCUCACCCCUCACUCGCUCUCGUACACGUCUCCCACCUCACCCUGGGCCCAACAACGGAAACGCGGGCAGUUUGUUUUGCGGGGCCGCCUCCUUGACGACGACGACGUCUGGCAAGGGCACUGGUGACCAGGCGACCAGGCGACCAGGCGCACGACCGACAGACACCACAAGCAGUUGACCCAGCAACCAGGACACGCCAGGACAGGAGAAGGAGAGAGCGCGACCAGUGCACCAGCACCACCAGCACCACCACGCCGACACCGCCAACACAACCACCACCACACCACAUUGCAGUGUCGUCGGGCGAGUCGGCUUGUACCUUCUUCACUGUUGCACAAACCGUGACACUCCUUGCCAUCUCUUGACCACCGUCGCAUAUCUGUUCCAGGUCCAGCGCUCUCGCACUCUGACCGUGCGCCCACACUCGCUCGCUCGACACUUCGGAUCCUCGCACGCAGGCGCGCAUCACAUAACAACCCAUUUGUUCCUCAUCCAACCCCACCCCUUGCUCCUUCGAUUGCCGCCGCCACCUUGUCCCUCUCGACGACCAACUUUGCAUCGACAAUCGUGGAUGCUCCUCUUGAUCCAUCACACUACCAACGUCAUCUCGCAGCUCUCUUGGUGGUCUCGUGCAUAGUCGCAUCUUGGAAUCCCGUCCAGCAACCCGUUAGCGCGGUUUACGACAACCACUGUUUACCGCCCCCUUUUCCCCCCACUCUCACAGCCACAACCGCGGUCAGUCUGUUGCCCCAAAACAGACGACACUUGUAACAACGUUGCUUUGAAUCAACAGCAUCGCCGGUCGACCGGUCAAAUCAACCAACCAUGACUUCCGCCGCCGUGGAUUCGAGGACGGGUCCUCUCCACGCUUCGGAUCUCCCACAACUUGUGAUUCCUGAACAACUCCCUCCGUUGGAAUCAUCCUCUUCAGCAGGUCCGUCAAAGUCGUCCACAGCGGUCCCAAUAAAGCCUUGCCUUCGUAGCUCGCAGUCUUCGCCAACAUUGACCACAACAUCCUCGUCGCUUCUUGCACCUCCGACCCCAAUCUUGCGCAAGCAGGGCAGCGCCGUUCGCAUCUCCUCGCCUCUCAGGCAACAAGUUGAUGGCGCCGAGGACGAAGCAAAGGCCAAGAAGAAUGCUGCCUCAAACGAGGGUGGCGAAGCCGCCGCUGCCGCCACCAGCGAUCAGGGGUCCAGAAAGUCGGUGGCUUCGUCCCCAACAACUUCGGACACGAGCCGUGAGAAGAAAGGACGCACGGGUCUCCGAGUUGGAUGGGCUCAGACCGUGCACGACAACAGCUCGAGUGAAAGCAGCGUUGCCCAGAAGAGGAGCGGGCGGUCGACGAGCAUGUACGAGACAAAGCCCGACGAGAACAACAGCGCUGCUGGGCCUAGCUCGGGCCCUCUGCGCGGCCACACACGCCGGCUGAGCCGCUCUCUCAGCCAGAAGGCAUUGAAUGGCAACCGACCAAUGUCCGAUGGCGGGAACGGCAAAGGACUGUGGGGCGACAUGCCGCCACCACCCAUGCCUGCUGCAGGGGCUCCCCGUGGACGUGGGCUGUGGGGCGACGCCGCUCCGCAGUCCAUGUACGGUAGCGUGGCUGGGCCUGGGCUGGGAGGAGCUGCGCCGCCAGGAUCAGACUUGGACCCCAACGCGCCAAAGUUCUCUCGUGCUCGUCUCGGUCGCGCAGGCGUGAUCAUGCCUACUUCGGCCAAGAACAGGCCCGCGACUGUCGUUGGAACGGUGACCGCCGACCCUGCGCCUGUGCCGGUUCGCCCUGCUCUUCGGCCAUCCCAGAGCAUGUCCUCGAGCGGCUCCUCUGGCGGUUCCUCGAGCACUGUCUCCAGCGCCCCCUCUGUCUCGAGCGCGCCCUCAAGCACUUCGACGAAUUCCUCGACGAACACCCUCCCAAUGACGAGCAAGCCGAAGAAGGUCAAGGAAAAGGUGUCGUUCAUCACGAGAACCUUGUCUAAGCGUGUGGCAAGUAGCAAGGAGGCGCCACCAAAGGAGAACACUGCUAGUGUGCCUUCUUCAGUAGCGCGCUCCCUUAGCACCAAGGGAGAGUCUGCCAAAUCGUCGGUACAGGGCUUUGCCCGCACCAUCAGCGGUGGCCGAUCUCUUCGGCACCCGCGUUCAUCCCCUCAGCUGCGGACAUCGACGCCGUUGCCACCGACCGAGCCUGUACCGCCGCUUCCCACAGCUACUGCGGCGGCCAUUCGCCACAGCCAGCUGCCUCCACGCAAGUCGUCGAAGGAUCCAGCACCGGCCGAUCCCAUUCCACGACCUCCGUCUGUGCCGCUGCUGGAGACGCCACUCAGCACGCCGUUCGAGGUCCAGACUCCCCUGGAGCUCGAGUUCUCUCUGCCCGAGAUCGACUUCAUCACGGAGAUGAUUCUUCUGCCGGACCUCCCGACCCCGAACAACCCGGUUUUUGAGUCUCUGCCGUCGAGUCCGCCGCUCACGGGACCUCCGAAUGUGCCGCUGCCUGAGCUGCCGACGCCGACAAAGGCGUCGUCUGGCGUCCUGCCACUUCCGAUUCUGAGGAUUGAAACUGCCUCACCUCCCAGCGACGACCCGUACUCAUCGGCGCCAUUCACACCCAAAUCGCCUCCCAGGACUUCCUUCAUCGCGAUGAGCCCUCCGAACUCGCCGCCGCCGACAGCCAGGCCACUGCCCCAGUCCUUACCACCUGGUGCUGCUGCCGCUCUGCCGAUCAUUGUCCCGCCCGUUCACCCGCCACCGGUCAUCGUUACGCGGCCACCUUCCAUCCUCCGACCGACGCCGUCGCUGGCAUCGGUGGCUGCAUCAGUGGUUGUCCCAAGGGAGAACCCUUCGGUGAUUGCGCGGCCGCCGACGUUUGUUGGCCCAAAGGACGAGCCACCGGCGCCGAUUGCUCCUGUUCAGGAGCCCAAGAAGAAGAAGUCGAUGGACAAACUGAAGCGCAAGGAUAAGGGCUGUGUCUCGCUUGCCCCGCCGCCAAGCAAGAUGUUCGUGGACCAGCCGGCGGUGCCGCGUGUCCCGUCCUCGUACGCCUCGUCAAUCUACAGCGAUGUCAGCAGCAGCUGCAACGGCCCACCCGCGUUCGCCACGCCUCCCAUGUCGCCCAUGCUGUUCCACCGGCCAUCCAGCGCUCUGCAGCCCGAGGACAGUGUCAACCCGCCCGUGGGACAGAAGCUCUCGUCCAGCGCCCCGAGCACCCCGCAGCUGUCUUCCACGCGGCUGGCUCCGGCGCGCACCGGCUCGGCUUCUUUGGCCAUUCCACCGCCCGUUCCCGAGAUCGGAGCAAUGCCCGUGCCGAGAUUAACCAUGCCUGUGCCUUCCAUCGGCAAGUCGGGCCGUCCGAUUUCUCGCGUUUCCCGGGCGUUUUCAGACUCGCCGACGGAGACAAGCGCCGAGUACAUGGAGUCGGUGUCCGCUUGCAGCAUUGGCGAGCCGGUGACCGCCAUGGUUGCGCCGAGCGAAAGCUGCGAGUCCAUGUCGAGGUCCACGACCCCGGUGUCGUCUAUCGCCAGGUCGCCCUCGCCCUUCGCACCCCCGCGCCCACCUCGGUCUCCUCACCGACCUCCCACUCCCGUGGCCGACUUUGAGAUGCUCAUCACCGACGACGUGGUGCCUGACAUGCCAAAGAUGGCGUUUGCCAUUGCGCCUCCACCUCGUGGCGCCUCGCUCACUUCGUCGGCCCGCCCGCCGAUGAGGGCACCAGUGUCUCGGCACCACCACAAGUUCAGGUCGCCCUCGAUCCUGUCGAUGGACUCUGACGCAUCGAUUGGAUCGACGCACAGCACGCAGUCGAUCGCGAGCCUGACGUCGGCAUCGUCGGCCGCCUCGGUGGACAUGCCCGACCCGAUUGCCGAGGACGACCAGGAUGAGCUCGUCUAUGAGCGGGGCUCGCAGGACUCGAACACGAGCACUGGGAGUGCCUCCAUUGACGACAAGACGUCGUCGCCGCCCCCAGUGGCGCUGGUCCGCCGCGUCACCAAGGCCAGCCGCGCCAUGGCAGUGACUGUGAGGACGUAGAUCGUCUUUUAGAAGUUUUUCGUCUUCUCAAGCGAGCUUGAGAGCCGCUGCUCUCGCUCGUUCCCACCACGUUUGUCUUGUCUGUUUGUGCAGCGCCCAGUCGGACAAUGGACAAUUGAACAAUUGGACACUCUUGCACACAUUAGUGACAGGACUGUAGUAUGUGUAGUAGUAUAGCUUGGCGUGAUGCACGCCAUGUAUCUGGU